UAUUCUCUGCUCUGUAGAGGCUGAAUCUGUGGCCGCUGCUGGGUUGUGAGACUCCAUGUGGCUCCAGAACUUAUGAUUUUAGUCAGUUUUAUCGGUUUUAUCCGCAAAAUAAAGAGCUCAGAAUGAGCUGCCAGAAGGGCGGCGGGUCUCGGUCUCACGGCCAGAAGUACCAGAACGCGGUCGCUUAUAAAAACGAUAAAUACGGAGCGACUCCUCAGGUGAAGAAAGCCAACGCGAAGGUUCAUGAUGGACUAUGUCAGCGCUGCAAACAGAUCCUGGAGUGGAAAGUUAAAUACAACAAAUAUAAAUUCCUCACUCAGCCUCGAAAAUGUGUUAAAUGUCUGCAGAAGUCGGUGAAAGACGCUUAUCACAUCAUGUGUAAACCCUGUGCUCUCAGACUGGAGCUGUGCGCCAAGUGUGGCAAGAAUGAAGAAGUUGUCAUUCCGCUGGACAGGAAGGAGGAAGAGGAAGAGGAAGAGGAGGAGGAGGAGGAGGAUGAGAAACGACAAGGCAACAGUCGGAAGAAACGAGGCACAAAGAAAGGAGACGUGGAUGAUGAAGAUUUUGAUGAUGAGGAUGACCUUGGUGAACUGGACAGUGAUUGUGACGAUUGUGAUUCAGAUGCUGCUGGAAAAUAAAGCAAAGACCGUGGUGUUGAUUUUUAUUAAA